GGGCCGCUCUCCCCCUUCUCCCCGCCGCGCCACGCCCGGCGUGGGCCGUGGCGGCGAGCAAGGCCCGGCGGCCGCCGCGGAAUGGUGGCGCCGCCGCUGCUGCGCGCCGUCAUCAUGGGCCCCCCGGGCUCCGGAAAGGGCACGAUCUCGGCGCGGAUUAUCAAGCACUUCGGGCUGAAGCACCUCUCCAGCGGGGACCUGCUGAGGGACAACAUGCAGAGGAGGACAGAAGUUGGAAUCCUUGCCAAGUCCUACAUUGAUCAAGGACGGCUUAUUCCAGAUGACAUCAUGACACGGCUGAUGCUGAAUGAACUAAAAGGUCUAGAUCGGUACAACUGGCUGCUGGAUGGUUUCCCUAGAACGGUUGCUCAGGCAGAAGCCCUGGAUAAAGUUUGUCAAAUAGACACUGUGAUCGACCUAGAUGUACCAUUUGAAAACAUAAAAUGUCGGCUCACAGCACGUUGGAUCCACCCUGCGAGUGGCAGAGUCUACAAUCUUGAAUUCAGUCCUCCUAAAGUGCGGGGCAUUGAUGAUAUUACUGGAGAACCACUUGUUCAGCGAGAUGAUGAUAAGCCAGAGACGGUUACCAAGAGGCUGCAGGCUUACGAUGCAGAAACAAGACCUGUUCUAGAAUAUUAUCGGGAAAAAGGGUUGUUGAAAUCCUUCUCUGGAACAGAAACCAAUAAAAUCUGGCCACAUAUCUAUGCUUUUCUCCAAACCAAGUUGCCAGAUGUGAGCCAGAAAGAUGCUGCCACUCCCAGGUGAAAUUAGGUCUAUCAUCUGCUCAUCUGUCGUAGCACGCACAUGAUCAUGAGAUUCAGCAGUCAAGAAUUUCUUGAAGUAGUGUACCAGACUGAUCAAUAAUUAAGUUCUGCUCUUGUCCUUAACCUACCUUUAGAUAAAACUUUGUCUCAUGUGGGUCUCACUUUAAUGCUGUAUUUGUUUUUAAUAUUAGAUAUGCCUAAUUUUUGUAAUAUAGUAACUGUCUUUAACAAAAGCACCUACUGCUGUGUCUCUGUUGAUCAGAAAAUAUUCAUGUUUGGCAAUACUGAAUGGUGAAGGAAACAUAUUUCAGAAUACAGCUUAACUACAAAGCA